UUUUGAAUGUGACACAGUGUCAGCCAGCUAUGUCGGCAACCAAGUAUGUCUGUUCAUUAUUAGAGUAGUCUACAUUUAUUUUAUUUUAUUUUAUUGCCAGAUGGCGCAUUUAUUUGAUUCAGGGCCUACAAGGUAUUAGUUUUGAAAUAAUGUAUUGAAUAAAGGUGAAAUAUCUGCAUCGGGGUCUAUCAGUUUGAAGUUUACACAUCCGAGCCAUGGCCUCACUGUCAGAAGAGGUGCUUCUGGUGGUGAAAAAAGUUCGCCAGAAGAAACAGGAUGGCACGCUUUACUUGAUGGCUGAACGCAUAGCGUGGAGUCCAGAGGGCAAGGAUCGCUUUACAGUCAGCCACCUCUAUGCGGAUAUUCGCUGUCAGAAAAUCAGCCCGGAUGGCAAGGCGAAAGUUCAACUCCAACUGGUCCUUCACUCCGGCGAGAGUACCACAUUCCACUUUUCAAAUGAUAGCACCGCACUCAAAGACCGGGAGGCUGCUAAGGAGCUGCUCCAGCAGCUCCUGCCCAAGUUCAAGAAGAAAGCUAACAAGGAACUGGAGGAGAAAAACAGGAUGCUUCAAGAAGAUCCGGUGCUUUUUCAGCUCUACAAAGAUUUAGUGGUCAGCCAAGUGAUCAGUGCUGAGGAAUUCUGGGCUAACCGAUUGGGAGGCCUAAACCACACAGACCCCGCAGUAUGCAAUAGUAAACAGGAAGUUGGUAUCUCUGGAGCUUUUUUGGCAGACAUACGGCCUCAAACAGACGGCUGCAACGGCUUGAGAUAUAAUCUGACAGCUGAUAUAAUUGAAUCAAUCUUCAGAACCUAUCCUGCGGUGAAACAGAAGUAUUGUGAGAGUGUGCCUCAUGACUUGACCGAGAAGGAGUUCUGGACGCGCUUCUUCCAGUCGCAGUAUUUUCAUCGGGACCGCAUCAACACCAGCACACAGGACAUCUUCACAGAGUGUGCCAAACUGGAUGAAAAAGGGUUAAAAUCAAUGGUGGUCCAAGGAGUUAAGAACCCCCUGGUUGACCUGCAGUCAUUAGAAGAUAAAUCCUUGGAUGAGGGUUACGGUGUGCGCACACCACUGCCCUCCACUUCGAAUUCAAACCGAACAGUGAAGGAGAGUAGCAACUACGCCAUUAUAAAGCGCUUCAACCAUCACAGUGCCAUGGUGCUGGCAGCAGGCUCACGCAAGGGGGAGAAUGACCAAGGUAGCGAGACGAGCAGCACCGAUGGAAACUCGCGGGAUUCCGACCUCUUUCAGCCUCCCAUCAAGAAGGUGAAAUUACAAGAAGCCAUAGAGUAUGAGGAUUUGCAAAGGGAAAACGGACCAAACGUGGUUGCAUUAAACCUCAAAAAGUCAGACAGGUAUGCUCAUGGGCCGGUGCCUCUUCAGUCCCUCAAGUACACAACGAGCCAAGAAAUCAUCAACUCCGUCAACCACAUCCGCCACGAGAUGGCCAAUUACAAACCCAACCUAACUCAGGUUUUGACCAGCGCAGCAGCAACGUCCGCCAUUGCAGCACUUUCUCCCGGCGGCCUCCUCAUGCAGACGGGAUCGCAGCAAGCCAUAAAUCAGAUGGUACCGUCUGACAUUCAAGGGGAACUGAAGCAUCUUUAUACAGCUGCUGGGGAGUUGUUGAGACACUUCUGGUCCUGUUUUCCCGUCAACACACCAUUUUUGGAAGAGAAGUUGAUUAAAAUGAAGUCCACCCUCGAGAGAUUUCAGACGACGAAGCUUUGUCCUUUUCAAGAGAAGAUUCAACGUCAGUACCUAAAUAAAAACCUCACAGCACACUUAGAGCAAAUGCUACAGACUGCAUACAGCAAAUUCCACGUCUGGCAAACACGUCGCAUGAUGAGGAAAACCUGAGGCCGGAUGCAUCAUUGUCGAAAGAUAAUGAAGACAAAGUGGGCAAAGAUGUCCCGUGGAGGCCUUCGGCGCCUGCUGAGACUACAAAUCGCAGCCAGGUGGCUUCACGGCAGGCUCGUGAUGAAGACAUCGACGGAUGCUGCUGCUGAUGCCGCAUCAGUUAACGUUUGAGAGGCAAACGGCAUUUUAGUCACAAAAACUUGUUUCUUACUCUUUGUUUUCUUUCUACGGAUGAGAGAUUGGCUUCAGUAUUGGGACUUUUAUAAUGGUACAGUACUGUAUGACCACAUUUCUUAUGGAAAUCAUGUCGGCUCUGAGGAUGACAGGCAGAGGACUGCCAAUGUUUCAUCAGUGUGGAGAAACCCCUCCAGGAACAGGGCAAAGAAUGGAAAUGUGUUCCAGAAUUAGUGAAUUUAGCAAUAUUCUAAUGCCACCUCACACUGGAGAGUGCUGGGUGUGUGUGAGACACGGUUCGCACUGUCUGCACUGUACUGUAUAUAUCAAAUGUUACUCUAGAUGAAAGAGGUAACGCGUUUUUGUUGGUAGCUGUAGCCCGGUGAUUUGGAUUCAUGCCUUCAUUUCAGGGAGAGAAAUAAACGUCAUCUUACGA